ACUGCAGCAUGUGAACGAAUAGUGGAAAUGCAAAACCAGACCAACACAACUGUCCGUCAACUACAGGAGCAAAGUGCUACAACCUCCGCAAGCAUUGGACAACUACUGGAGCAAAGUGCUACAAGUGCCACAAGCAUUGGGCAACUACUGGAGCAGCAGCAAGACACUAGCCAUAAGCUUUCACGUGUCUCAGCAGCUGUUACCACCAUUCAACAAGGUGAACAAGAUACAACUGCAGCAUGUGAACGCAUAGUGGAAAUGCAAAACCAGACCAACACAACUGUCCGUCAACUACAGGAGCAAAGUGCUACAACCUCAACAAGCAUUGGACAACUACUGGAGCACCAGCAAGACACUAAUGAUAAGGUUUCACGUGUCUCAGCAGCUGUUACCACCAUUCAACAAGUUCAAACUGCCAUGCGCAGUGACCUGGACGGAAAAAUCAGACUUACUGCUGUAUCAGCUGCCGUGGAAGGCCAGAUCAGGGUUGCAACACAAAAUCACUAUAGGUCCAUUGGUGAUACCUCUACAUCAUUUGGUAGCAAGGGUAAUGGCAGGGUGCAGUUCAAAUAUCCAACUGGUAUCACAAUCAGCAAAGAUGGAAAGGUCUUUAUUGCUGAUGCUGCCAAUCAUCGGGUGAAGGUCACCACACUGGAUGGUACAUACAUACGUGAUAUAGGCAAACGCGGCAGUGGUAAUGCUGAAUUCAACCAACCCACAGAUGUAGCUGUGGAUGACGAUGGUGAUCUUGUGGUGGUUGACUAUUACAACAAGAGACUGCAGGUCCUACAUCAAGAUGGGUCUUACUUGAAAACGAUGGGUAACGGUGCUAUCGGUAACUCGUAUGGUGUUGUAGCACUGUCUCUGCCCCAGCAUGGUAUUUGUUAUGCUGUAACCGAUAUCAAUGACGGUUGUGUGAGAGUGUUUGAGAAAGGAGGAAGGCAGUUGAACAAGUUUGGUACUCCAGGAAGUGGACCAGGACAGUUCAACACACCAAUGGGUAUUAUCUCGUCCAACGGCAGAUUGCUGGUUGUGGAUUACAACAAUCACCGUAUCCAGGUUUUCACUACUGAUGGAAACUUCAUUACCAUGUUCGGAUCAAGGGGAGAGUCAGAUGGUCAGUUCAACUAUCCUAAGUACAUUGCCGAGGAUAGGCAUGGACACGUCCUGGUCACUGAUAAUCGCAACCACCGUGUUCAAGUGUUCACUUCUGACACAUUCUCUCACGUGGCUACCUUCGGUUCAAGCAGUUGUCUUACUCAUCCACGCGGCAUUGCAGUAUCAUCCAGUGGUACUGUGUAUGUUAGUAACACUAGCAAACACCGUAUCACAAUGUUCUAACUUUUGUCCUGGAGCAUCUUGUUUCUUGUUCUACACUAAUGUUUCUCACUGCUGUGAAACAUGAACAGGACCAGUAUUAGCAGUUUUGUUUGCUCAGGCUUUACUAUAGUAUUUCAGUUUUUUGUGUGACACAUCGAGUAUGCAUAACCUUGCCAGUAGCUAACAUGUAUUGGGCAGGCCAACAGUAGAUCCAGCCAAGUCCUGAACGACUGGAGCAGUUCCAACAUGUCUGAUUAAGCUGAUCAACAUACAUGUAUGAACAUGGCCAAAUACUGUUUAUCAUACUUGCAUGAUUGAAUGUGGGCUUGCAUGUGUGUGUAUGUGUGUGUGUGUGCAUUUGUGUGUGUGUGUGUGUGUGUGUGUGUGUGUGUGUGCGUGUGCGUGUGUGUAUGUGUGUGGGGUAUGAAUGUGUUUGUGUAUGCAUGUGUAUGCAUGCAUUUUCUUAUGAACUCCUGCACUGAGUUGUAUGUCUACAUGGUACUUGGAUCACUCUCAUUGUUACAAUCCUAUUCUCGAUGUGCAGAGGAUGAUUCUAUUGAUUGUGUUGGCUGGGUGCUCUUUUUCCUUUCUCUGAAAAUCUAUUGUAUUUCUGCAAAAUGUCUCGCUGCUAAGUGUCGCAAUACAUCAUGGAGUGUUUUAUGUCACGUUUUGGAUGCAAUGAAGAAUGUGCUCAUUGUCCAAGGUACUGUUUUCUUUCUAUCAUGGUUUGUGGUGUUUUCUGUUAGUAUCUUUAUUUUAGAAAUGUUUCAAACCUUUAUAACUGCUGCAUACUCUUGUUUGAUCUGAAGAGAUGCAGUAUUGAUAGUUGUCUGAUGAUUCCUAUGGAGUAUGGCCAUGAAACUCUUUGUUAUAACGAUAAUGUGUGGUGCUCUGUGUUA